CUGGGGAGGGUGCUGGAUCCUGACGCCGGAACAGGUGGCUAGCUUGCAAGAGGGAACAGGGUCAAAGGUGGAGGGUUUUGGGCUGGCAGGAGGGAAGAGGCCUGGACCUGGAUUUGGUAAGGAGAAAGACAUUGUAUGCAGAACCACCAGUGCAAUGGACAUCCCGAGGCAGCAGCUGCAGCUGCAGAGUGAGGUGCUUAGAGAGAGGCUGGUUGAUUCCUGAAUGGAGAUCUUAGGUGGGUCAGAGCCCACAGUAUGUGUCUUGAGGCCCUUGGCUCUGAUUCCCAAGUCUGUGAAAGGCAGACCCUACUGCCCAUUUUGUAGGAUCUCUGCACAGCUUUCUGCUUCUGGUGACAGGAAAUACUGGUUUCAAUUUAGCUUUGACUUUCCUUGAGCUGGUGGCCCUGAGAUGGGAAGCUCUUUAGCAGUAAAGGGGACAAUAUACAACAGCAUUCUUUUGAAAGGAAGAAACAGAAACCAUCAUUGAAGGUGGGACUGUAGGAUUAGGUGAGGUAGAUUUCAUUUCUAGGGAGCUCUGAUUUGGUGUACAGAUUUUCAAGGCAUAUCAGAGGUGUCCAGGAAUCACUUGCUGAUUUCUUUCUGCUCUUCCAGGCUUCUGGCCAGAAGCCAGAGGGGGGUUGGCUGACAGUAGAGAGAAACAACUUGCUGUUCUUCCUAGCUCUGAAACAGAAAAUGGCUACAGACGGUGGAGGCGUCCCUGUUGCUGAGAACAAGGGGAGAGUCCAGGAGGUAUGAUGGGGUUUCAGAUGAAAAAGGCAUGCAUUGAAGGGAACAGAUCAAAGUUUGAUGGGGAUUGCGGUCAAAGGAGGGUGUCUGGACCAAGGGGAAAAUUAGACUCCCUGGUGGAGGAGUAGGAGGUUGGAGCACUGGAUGUGGAGUAUUAGAGAGAAGGAAGUAUAUUGGGAGAUACCCUCCAUCUGGUAUUUCCACUGUAACUUUUGUCUGGUGGAUCCUAUAAGCCAGUGGGCACAUGAGAUAGUGAAUAGUAGGUAUCCGCUGGUAAGGUUUAUUCUGCACAGUGCGCAGUGCACACAGGGAACCUUAUUCUGUUCCCCACUCCCUCUCUCUAGGCAUAACCUCAUCUGUCUGGGUCUCUGCUCCCUGUUCUUCCUGUGCCUGGUAUCUGUGUGUGUGUGCAUGUAUGCACAUAAGUGUGUGUAUUGUACAUUUGUGUGCGUAUAUAAUGAUCACCUUCUGGGGCCUAGGGUCUCCAGGACCAGAGUCAGAGUCCCCUGGCCUGUGGUCAGUAGGUGUCAGUUGUAAAAUGUGGAACAUGUACCUGAAGACCUUACCUAUUUUACUAGGUCCUGGGGAGGUUGAAAGGAAGUAAUGGGGAUGAAGCCUUCUACAAGGAGCUCAUCAGCCUGUAACUGAUUACUAUACUACACAAAGCUGGGGCACCUCUGACUGUUGGAGUCUAUACUGUACCCCCACCUAGUGUAUUUAUGUAUGCACAGCUGGUAUUAGUGCUGCUGACUUUAUGCCACUGUUACCCCUGUUCCAUGUGCCUUUCAAGGUUGCUUGUUACAUGGCCCUUGAGCACCUGACAAGAUUGUACAUCUACAUCCUCUGCUGAUGUCAGAUUCUGUCAAGCAUGUGCAGAUUUCAGGUCAGGCACAUCCCUGUCAAGACAUGCUCUGCAGGCUAGAGGAGACAGUGCCUUUGAGAGCUGCUCAGAUGUCACAGCACAUCAAGAUGGAGCCAGAAGAGCCGAAUCCUGAGGGGGCUUCACGGGAAGACAGUGCUCCAGGUGGAUGUGGCCAGGUGCCCCUAAGCCCUGGCUCUAAAGAGAAAGCUCUCUUACUGCCUGGUGGAGCCCUUUCCUCACCCCGGAUCCCUGUACUUUCCCGAGAGGGGCGGACCAGAGACCAGCAGAUGGCUGCCGCACUCCUCACAGCCUGGUCCCAGAUGCCUGUGACAUUUGAGGAUGUAGCUCUGUACCUUUCCCGGGAAGAAUGGGGACGACUGGACCAUACACAGCAAGACUUCUACAGGGAUAUGCUGCAGAAGAAAAAUGGGCUGGCCUUGGGGUUUCCCUUCAGCAGGCCUUUCUGGGCCCCACAAGUACCCAGGAAGGUUGAAGCCUUGAGCUCCAGCAGGCAGACAGGAGCCGAGGAGGAACAGGGCGACUAUGGCUCAGGAACUGUGGAGGUGGAGAAGGAGGCUCCAGCCAAGUGUGUGGCAUCCCUUGGGGAUGUGAAGCCCUUAUCCACGGCAGGAUGGGUCGCAGGGCAGGUCCUCCAGUACAUACAGCAAGUUACCAGUGACCAGAAUGCCAGGUCUGCCAGAGACACUGGGCAGCCAGCUCCUGGGGAAGCAAGACAGCCCGAGCUCACCUUGCCCAACACCUGUACCCCGAAGGCCCUGGAGGACUGCAUCCUAGAGAACCCUAAGGAAGAGGAAAAGGGCAUGCCUGAGAGUAACGAGGAGGGCCUGGCCCCUGAUGGCGAAGUGGGCAAGAAGAGCUAUAAAUGUGAGCAGUGUGGCAAGGGCUUCAGCUGGCAGUCACAUCUAGUCACACAUCGACGCACACACACCGGAGAGAAGCCCUACACCUGCACAGACUGUGGUAAGCGCUUCAGCCGCAGCUCGCACCUUAUCCAGCACCAGAUCAUACACACAGGCGAGAAGCCCUACACCUGCCCCUCUUGUUGGAAGAGCUUCAGCCACCACUCCACGCUGAUCCAGCACCAGCGCAUCCACACGGGCGAGAAACCAUAUGUGUGUGACCGCUGUGCCAAGCGCUUCACCCGCCGCUCGGACUUGGUCACGCACCAGGGCACACACACAGGCGCCAAGCCGCAUAAGUGCCCCAUUUGUGGCAAAUGCUUCUCACAGAGCUCAGCUCUGGUCACGCACCAGCGCACUCACACCGGCUUGAAGCCCUAUCCAUGCCCCGAGUGCGGCAAGUGCUUCAGCCAGCGCUCCAACCUCAUAGCACAUAACCGCACGCACACCGGGGAAAAGCCCUAUCACUGCCUCGACUGUGGCAAGAGUUUUGGCCACAGCUCACACCUCACGGCCCACCAGCGCACACACCGUGGCGUGCGGCCCUAUGCCUGUCCGCUGUGCGGCAAAAGCUUCAGCCGCCGCUCCAACUUGCACCGCCACGAAAAGAUCCACAGCAGCGGGCCCAAGGCACUGGCUGUGCUCAUGUUGGGGGCAGCGGCUGCUGGGACACUGGCCGCACCCCCACCAGCCCCUACCUAAGUCGGCAGGGCAGCUGGGCUAGUCCACUGAAAUAACGGCCUUGGCAUGGGGAAUGGAGUGGGAAGGGAUGAGUGCUGGGGAGGUGCAGGAGUGGGGAGGGGCAUAGUAUCUGGGGAGGCGAGAAGGCACCGUGGGCAAUCUAGCCAAAAAUUAAAGGCCUUAGAACACAAA